AGAGGAGCUCAUCGCGGAAGCGGCUACAGGAAGAGAAGUGAGUCCCGGAGGCCCGGCGUUCAGAUUUAGACGGUUUUCGUUCGCUGACUUUAAUAAGGAGUCAAAUAUGUCGAAGAACACGGUGUCGGACCGCUUCAGGAAGGUGGACGUGGACGAGUAUGACGAGAAUAAGUUCGUGGACGAGGAGGAGGGCGGGGAGAACCAGCUGGGUCCGGACGAGGCUGAGGUGGACUCGCUGAUCAGACAAGGAAACCUGAUGGGGGCGCUGCAGGCCGUGCUGAAGAACCCACCAAUCAACACCAAGAACCAGAACGUGAAGGACCGAGCUGAGGGUCUGGUGCUGAAAGUACUCACAGCCUUUAAGAGCAGUGAUAUAGAGAAGGCGGUGCAGUCUCUGGAUAAGAACAAAGUGGACCUCCUGAUGAAGUACAUCUACAAAGGCUUCGAGCGGCCCUCGGAGAACAGCAGUGCGGUUCUGCUGCAGUGGCACGAAAAGGCUCUCUCAGCAGGCGGCGUGGGCUCCAUCGUCCGUGUGCUCACGGCCAGGAAAACCGUUUAAGCCCUCCUCACCCAAACCUCUUGGCAGCGCUGGCACAGGGAUUGGCAGGCACAACCCCAGACAGCGCCUGGCACCCACCUACACUGUGGAGGACUUCCAGUCUAGCAUCUCUCACUUUCCCUCUUUCUUCUCUCUUUUUAUAUUGCUUCUGUUCUGGGUUUCUUGCAGAGACGACAGACCACCGCUGCUCAGCUCAUUGCGGUGGUCGUCUUCAGUGGACAGCUGUUUUUUUAACUCAUCCACUGAGGAAGCUGUCUCUAACCCAGUGGACUGUUGAGGUGGCUUUAGGUUUAUUAUUAUACAGUAGAAUGUAUGUGUUUUAGGCACGACUGUGGUCUUUUUGAAACAGUGUCAUGUACAGUGAUGUACUACACAUUCUCUUCACCCCUCAAACUACUAUCUGAUGCAACUUACCAGCUUUCAUUGGGUCACUUUUUCUUCUUUUUCCUCAAAUCUGCAGGGCAACUUCACCCAAAAGCUCUAAAGAAGUGAUUUCUCUCAUUCAAUUUACCUGCAACCACUUGCAUGAAACAUCUUACGUUAUUCUUUUUAAAUUAAACACAUAAUCGAUGCAUUUAAAACUGUAAAUUUAUAUAAAAAGUGCUGAAACUUAGAGUCUAAAAUUCAUUGUACAAGAUAUUAAGACUGAAAUUCACUGAAAGAACUUAACUCCAGCCCUUAGAAAUGAACAGGCUGUUUUUUUUAUUACUGUGCCUUUAAGACUGAUAUACGUAAAUGAGCUCUGUUCUGAUUGGCUGCACUGCAAUGCCUCAUUAAAGUCUGGCCUCAAACAUUCCUUAUAACUUCAGCAUGAAUUGGUGGCGCUAAACAGCUGAAUGGGUGGACGUGUGUAAUGUGACCUCAUAAAAACAAUGAAUUCAAAACGAUGUUUUUGCAGCUUAGUUUCAGUAUACAGACUGCAUGGACUUCAGAGUGGACAGUACAUUUUGUUAAUUCAGCAGUUCUUACAUACUACACCAAAACUCUUGUUUAUAAAGGUGAGGAAAUUUCAGUUUCAGGUCCUUUAAAGACGUUUUAUGCGACCACAGGUUUUUAAAGCAGGGUUUCUCAACAACUGGGGCGAGGACCACAAGUGGGCCACAACACACCCCUUGGUGGUCCUUGGACCUAUACCGAGGUGGGGGCAGUGGUCUGUUGGGCACCUAUGAUGGCACUUUGUCAUGAAAAAUAUAUUGAAAAAAUAAUUGACCUAAUAAAAAAAGAUAUAAAAUGUUUUCGGGCGGUUAACAACAUCAAUACAAUUAAAUAA